UUGUAAUUUUUCUUAAUUUGUAAUCUUUUUUUCGUUUAUCUUUGAAUGUUCCACGGUAAUUGAAUAUUAAUUGGUGUUUUCAAGGAAGAAAGCUGUGCAAUAGAUCAACAAAUAUGGGACCAUCGUUAAACGACAUUGUUAUUUCCUCCGGUGAACCUGAGAAGCCUGCAGAGAACAUCACUUGCAUGGAUGCUUCAUUGUAUAAAGCUGCAGCAGUAGGCAAAAUUGAAGAAUUCAAUAAUUACCAGGGGCCUGAACUUGAGUCGCUGAAGACCCCAAACCAUGACAACGUGCUCCAUGUUAACUUGUCAACCCCUGAGCGUAUCUGGCAACGUACCAGAUUUGAUUUUGUCCUACAAAUUCUUGACAAGUGUCCAUCACUGCUACUCCAAACAAAUGCUAAAAGUCAAAUUCCACUGCAUGUUGCAGCAAGGUAUGGAUAUUCUACUAUUGUACGACAUCUAAUCAUGUUUUGUGCAAGGGUUAUUUAUAAAGAUUUAGAGAAGCUGGGAAUGGAUCAACUGAAUGCAGUGAGGGGGAUGAUCAGACAUACGGAUCAAGAAUCCAAUACGGCUUUACAUAUAGCAACACGGUAUGGCCAUGUUGAAGUGGUGCAAGCAUUGCUGGAGCAUGAAGACCCUGAUUUUCCAUAUUUUGCCAAUAUAAACCACGAAACUCCACUUUACUUAGCAGCUAGGAGAGGAAGUCGGCGCUUGCUGAGUAUAUUAUUAGAUAAAUCAAAAUCAACUGCUCAUGGUGGCCCCCACGGUAGAACAGCUUUGCAUGCAACAGCUAUGGUUAGAGAUCCAUGGGUUACAAGGAUAAUACUAGAGAAGAAAGGGAAUUUGACAAAGGAAACAGAUGAAAAUGGACACACCCCUCUUCACUAUGCUGCACACUUGGGUCACGAUGCUGUUGUGGAAGAGCUGUUAAAAUGGGAUAUAUCUGUUGCUUAUAUAGGUGAUAAAAAGUGGGGGAUGACACCCCUUCUUAUGGCAGCCAGGCAAGGUCUUUUUGGAACAGUAAGAAAGAUUCUGUCUUAUUGUCCAGAUUGUUGUGAAAGAGUGGACAAAAGAGGUUGGAAUUUACUUCAUUUUAUGGCGUUUAGAGACCUUUCUCGUGGAUUCCGCAUUUUAUUAAAGAAUGAUAAUGCUACCACGACUGAAUAUGGAUCAGUCAGAAAUCUAAGGGACUGGAAAGAUGCUAGUGGAAUCACACCUCAACAAGUUUUCAAUGCAUGUCAAUAUGAUAAGGAAGAGAAAAAGGAACAAAUUGUGAAAUUGUUAAAAGAAAUUGUGAAUGAAGAAGUCGCGGAGAAACCAGUUUAUCCCAUCGGCUUGCCAAACAUAUCUGCAGAUAAAAACUUGGAGAAAGCAAGAGAUGCUCAUUUAGUAGUGGCAGCACUUAUAGUCACCGUCACAUUCGCAGCGGCAAUAACCGUUCCAGGUGGUUUGCAGAGUGAAAAAGGGUUAGAGCAAGGCACUCCCCUUUUGAUUCAUGAGGCAGUGUUUAAAGCAUUUGUUGUGACAAAUGCAUUGGCCUUUAUUUUCUCUGUUUCUGCCCUCACCACCCACUUUGGGGUUCUGGAUAAUCAAUUAUCAGGAUUUAAAUUUUUUCGUGAAACAGUUUUAUAUCGAACUCAGUCUGUUUCUGGGAUCCUUGGCUAUGCAACGUUGGCAAUGGUGGUUGCUUUCAGCACAGGUAGUUAUGUGGUCUUAAAACCUUCCCACGGACUUGCCAUUGUUUCGUAUCUCAUCUGCCCUGCCUUUUUACUCUGUAUUUGGGAAAUUUUGAAUCCUUUAAUGCAAAUGUAAAAUAUAAAUAUGAUAAUAUUACUUUAUCAUUGAUUACAA